UCUGUCCUCGCCCCAACAAACAAACCACCCCCUCAACGUCUCAACUUCCCUCUUCUCCUUCACUUGUUACGUUUAGCAGAAAAAAAAACCACAGGAACAACAAAAGCAAAUUAAUAUUGCAUUGAGACCAAACGUAGAGAUUCACCUUCAGCCAUGGAUUUCUGGCGUAAAGCCCGAACCUUCGCGGAGGACGCCGCCAAGCGUUCCCAGGAACUAACCAAGGAAGCUGCCAAGCGAUCCCAAGAGCUCACUGUCGGUUCUUCCAAGUUCUACGACAUCGUUACCGAAACGGCUAGGCGUUCCAAGGAGAUCGCCGCUGAGGCCUCCAAACGCUCCCAGGAGAUUACAAUUGGUUCCUCCAAGCUUUCCGACAUCGUAUCCGAGACGGCUAAGCGUUCCAAGGAGAUCGCUUCCGAGGCCUCUAAGCGAGCCGAUCAGAUCAAGGCCGAAGCCAUCAAGAGAGCUGACCAGAUCAAGUCUCUAGCUGAGGGGAUCACGCCAUCCGGUGCGCUAUCUCGCACGGUGCCUGCUGUGGACUCGCAGCUGGAGGAGAAGGAGAAGGAGAAGGAGAAGGAGAAGGAAAAGGAAAUGGAGAAGGAGCUCGAGAGGUUCGGUGUCACGGAGGAGUUGAGAGAGUUCGUGAAGGAAAUUACUAUGAGUACAUUUCAAGAUUUUCCAUUGCAAGAUGACUCGGAGAUGUCUAACGUGCCUAUGGUUUCAAAUGUGAGGCAGGAUCUUACACAAUGGCAAGAGAAGCAUGCCCACCUCGUUCUAUCAACAGUCAAGGAAAUAUCAAAGUUGAGAUAUGAGUUAUGCCCUCGCAUUAUGAAAGAAAGAAAAUUCUGGAGGAUAUAUUUUCUUCUGGUGAACAAUCAUGUUGCACCCUUUGAGAAGCGGUUUAUGGAGGAGGCUACACAGAAACCUGCAGAAGAAGUAAAAGAUAAUGAAGUGGAGGAAAAAGCCGUGGGAACUUCCAAACCAGAGGCGAAGAAAUCAAAGCAGCAGAGUAAAAGUGUGGCUGUAUCUUCUUCUGAACAAGAUUUGGAUGUAUUCCUUCUGGGUGGAGGGUCUGGAGACAGUGAUGAGGGUCCAGAUGAUGAUGAGGAGCCCUUCAAUGAUGAUUUUGACAAGAUGGUUAAUAGUUCGGGACAAUUCCAGGUCCCAUGCUGGUUCAUAUUAUUUCUGCCUGCAAUGUCUUUGUGAUUUCAUUCAUUAGAUUUGGUGCAUCAGUGAUAUGAUGAAGUGGAGAAAUUCCAAGUAAAUUUACAUGCUUGGCUGGUCUUAUCGCUCCCUGUGGAGUAGUGGAUCUCUACGCCCACUUAGUAUUGUUAGAGUUUAAGGGUGGUGGUUGGAAGUUGAAACUGUAGAUAUGCAAUAUAAUUUUGACAUACUGGUUUUAUUGGCAUCUGUUGUUUAUGUAAACAAAUUGAAUCCCUCAGCUGCAUUUUGUGCUUGCUAUAUUUUGGAUACUUCUCAACCUGCAGGAUGAUGAGAAAGAAAAGUUAUAGAAUAUUGCUGAUAUGCAAGCUGAUGUGCCUGCAAUAUUGCGAACUAUCGCAGCUUAAAAUUAUAAGAGAGGAAUGCUGCAUUUGCACAUGGAAUAAGCGACUCGGUGGAAAUCUUACAUUUCCAUACAUUAGCUUCAGAUAUAACUAUAGUAUUUUUCUCUUUAUCUUUGUUUUUCUUCUUUUACUCCUUUCAUUUUGUGUAAAGAAUAUUUAUUUGUUUGUUUUUCUUUUAAAUUGUUGUCUACUAAAUGUAAUUAAUAUUUAGUUUUAGUGUUGAUAUGGCCAGUAUUAUUUUGACUGCGUUACAUCCA